AUGCGGAUCUCAAUACGGGAGCAGCUCGGACUGCUUGUCCUCUUUUGCUGCCUAACGUCCCUAAUGGUGCUUGCACUCGCAGUGUGGUUUCAAAAUUACAAUUUCAUCACGAGUAUUAGGUUAUCGGGAUUGUCCCUAACAGCAUCACUCAAGGCUGCACAAUUCACGAGUGCUCUGCUGUUGUAUGAUUCGCAAGCCAGGUUGAUCAGCACGCGGCUUCUGAUUCAGAGUGCUUUGGGAAGAUAUAAUUCCGGAAAUACGUCCAAUGAGAACUGGCAACGAUCUGUGAGCGACUUUCAAGGCGCUCUCGCCAAUGGCAGCGUUCUUGUUCAAGCGAUAUUAUAUCCCAAUGCAUUCAAUGGCAACGAGACUGCGGUCAAUGGGCUACUCAACGUGACAGCUCUCGGCCUGAAUGGCACAAUUAAACUGCCUUACAACUACCCUAAUGGUUCAGCAGUGUAUUUGGGAGAUCCCGGCUUGGGCUACCCGCCUUCACUGUAUCCGAAUCUGACUUAUGGCCCUCCGCAGCCAGGAACCAAUUUUUCAACUAUUUUCUAUGAAGGCAAAAUCGUCCGACCUGACGACACAUUAUUCCUGGGACCUUUGGUCGUGAAUAAGACUUAUUCACUUCUGUCGCUAACGGUUCCGCUGAUUAACAACACUUCUCGGUCCGAUGUGCUGGGUUGGAUGACCGUCCUGGCCAAUACCGAUAUGAUCUACGAGAUCCAGCAGUCCCCAGAAGGGCUCGAUAAUACCGGACAAACCCUGAUUGUUGGCCCAGCGACGUCCAAUAACCACUUCCAGCAACAGAUUCGAGGAGCCACCAAGUCAUAUGCAGAAUCCCAACUCGUGCGGUUUGUUUUACCACCCACAAGCAACUCUACUCUGGGAUAUCGGCACCAGGCUCGGAGCAGUGUCACCAAUGCCACCGAGCCUUUCCUUGCGUCAGAUUACCCGUCAGUCGUUUCGGCAUGGACCAAGAAUAACAAGGCCAUCAAUAAUGCUGGUGCCUAUAUCUCAACACGCGACGAAGAUGGAACGAGAGUUUCCGCUGGUUAUGCCACGUUAUCUACGAAAUUUGUCGAUUGGGUAGUGGUUGUAGAGCAGUCUCACCAUGAGGUGGUUGCACCCAUCGAUCACCUGCGCGACGUGGUUCUUAUCUGUGUCUUUUCUGUGACCGGUUUGCUCCUAGCGAUUAUGUUUCCCAUGGCACACUACUCGAUCACUCCAAUCCGCCAUCUGGCAGCCGCUACCGCUAGAACAGUGGAGCCUUACCAACCUGACGAUAACAGCGAGUAUUCAAGCACUUUGGGCCAGCAAGGACCAGAAGUGGAAGAGAUUUUAGACCCCGAUGAGCGUGACGCAGCUAGAAAGGAAGGCUUCUUCGGUGUUCUGACCAGAAUCACCAAGCCGAAACAACCAGAACGAUCAACAACUCCUCGCCACCUGCGUCGUAGAACGUUCAGAAUACCUCGCAAAGUGCCAGAGCGCAAACACUUGAUCACCGAUGAGCUCACCGAGCUAACACGCACAUUCAACGAGAUGUCCGACGAGCUGGCAAUGCAAUACGAGCGCCUCGAGGAAAGGGUGAAGGAGCGCACGGCAGAGCUUGAGAAGAGCAAAAAGGCUGCUGAAGCGGCAAAUCAGAGCAAGACGCUCUUCAUCGCAAACAUUUCCCACGAAUUGAAAACACCUCUCAAUGGCAUUCUCGGCCUCACAACCGUCUGCAUGAAUGAGGAUGACUUGGGCCGGAUUCGGUCGACGCUCAAUACCAUCUACAAAUCUGGAGAUUUGUUGCUUCACUUGUUGACUGAUCUGCUCACUUUCAGCAAGAAUGAGGUUGGACAACAGCUCUCGAUAGACGAAGCGGAAUUCCGACUCAGCGAUCUGAGCACACAGCUUAUGCCUACCUUCGAGAAGCAGGCUCGAGAGGCGCAGGUGGGUCUCAAAGUGCUUUUCCUCGGGACGAACGAUGCUUUUGGUGACUCAUCUGAUUCUUCUGGAGAGAAACUUUAUGGGCCGGUGGGCACGGGCCGUGUGAGGGAUAUGUGUUUAUGGGGUGAUAAGAACAGGAUUUUGCAGGUCCUCAUGAACUUUGUCAGCAAUAGCCUUAAAUUCACUCCUGCACAUGGCUCAGUCACAGUCCGUGUCCGAUGCACAGGGCUUUUGGAGAGCUUUCCCAGUCGAGCAGGAAGCGCGCGCAAGUCGUCGCUGAACUCGAGAAAGUCAAAAUCGUCGAGUAACAAGAGAGUAAGGAUGUCAGACGGUUCGUUGGUUUCACCGGAUAGCACAGACCAUGACAAGAAUCAUUCGAAUUCCGGCGGAACUGAAGAUUCAAAACUUAGCAUUAAUGUGGCCGGCGGCACGACGCACAUACCAAAAGUCGCGGAAAGGCAGCGAUCGAUGUCGCCCGCACCAGUGAACACGAAGGACUUAAGUUUUGAGUUCGAGGUUGAGGACACGGGGCCUGGGAUCCCACCCGAACAACAGAAGAUGAUUUUUGAACCGUUUGUACAGGGCGACCUGGGCUUGAGCAAGAAAUAUGGAGGUACUGGUCUUGGCCUAAGCAUAUGCGCUCAAUUAGCGGCACUGAUGGGCGGUGACAUUUCCCUUGACAGUAAAGUGGGUAUCGGCAGCAAGUUUACCAUGCGAAUUCCACUUCGCUAUGUAUCGGAACGGAGUCCUUCAAUGGCAUCCUCGACGCACAAAACAGUCUCCAAAGCCAGCAGCCUUGUCGGUCAAACAUUGCACGAUCAACCCGAGGCGACACCGCAUACCAAUGGUGGUUCCACGACAUCCUUGACCUCGGCGCGGGAUGACCAACUUAAAUUGGCCGACGUACCAAGGAUAGUUGGUUUCACUCAACCCUAUGUGGCCAAAGAGACGAAGAGCAGCGGGUCAUCCCAAGCAAAACUCAACGAAAUAAAGAAGGUGGAAAACGAAGCUGCGCAAAAGGGCCGAAAAGUCCGAGUGCUUGUAGCAGAAGAUAACCAGGUAAACCAAGAAGUGGUGCUUCGCAUGUUAAAGCUGGAAGAUGUCUAUGAUGUCACCAUUGCCAAAGACGGACAAGAAGCUUUUGAAAAGGUUCGAGAAUCCAUGGAGUGCGGGCAACGGUUCGAUCUGGUCUUUAUGGAUGUGCAAAUGCCCAAUCUCGACGGGAUCCAGUCGACGAGACUCAUACGGGAAAUGGGAUUCAAGUCACCUAUUGUCGCCCUCACCGCGUUCGCCGAGAAAUCCAAUGAGGACGAAUGCAUGGCUUCAGGGAUGGAUUACUUUCUGGCCAAGCCAAUUCGAAGACCUGCCCUCAAGCAGGUAUUGAAGAAAUAUUGUGCAACAAUACCAGAAGAAGAAAACGAGGGCAGUUCGACUGCGGUACCCCGAGUGAGUGAAAAGGCAGCAUCACAAUCGACUAGCGGCCAGGCAACAUCUAAAGAGCUUAAUAUUGAGGUCUUGGACUCAAGCGAUGUCUCACCCUUAUCAUGA